UCUCGAGCCCUCCCCUGCGCUUUAGCCUCAGUGCGGAGCCCUGGGCGGUGCGAGGAGGAUCGAUCGCGAGGAUCCUCGGGAGCGGCAGCAGCAGUAGCAGCAGCAGCCCAGCAGUACCUGCAGCAGCAGCAGCAGCAGCACCUGCAUCCGCUGCGGGAGUGGGAGCUGGAAACACACCCACGUCGCUGCCCUUUCCUCUUCUGUCAUCUCACCGCCCCGCCACAGUCCGCGUUCCCGGAGGAAAGCGGCCGCCCACGCCCGGAGCAUCCUCCCCUGUCCAGGGGGCGCUGACUGACCCGGAGGCAUGAUGCGGCUGCGAGGCUCGGCGAUGCUGCGGGACCUGCUCCUGCGGUCGCCCGCCGGCGUUUGCGGGACUCUGAGGCGGGCACAGCCCCUGGUCACCCUGUGCCGGCGUCCCCGGGGCGGGGGACGGCCGGCCGCGGGCCCGGCGGCCGCCGCACGACUCCACCCGUGGUGGGGCGGGGGCGGCUGGCCGGCGGGGCCCCUGGCGCGGGGCCUGGCCAGCUCUCCCUCGGAGAUCUUGCAGGAGCUGGGCAAGGGGAGCACGCAGCCGCAGCCCGGGGUGUCGCCACCCGCUGCCCCGGCGGCGCCCGGCCCCAAGGACGGCCCCGGGGAGACUGACGCGUUUGGCAACAGCGAGAGCAAAGAGCUGGUGGCCUCAGGUGAAAAUAAAAUAAAACAGGGUCUGUUACCUAGCUUGGAAGAUUUGCUGUUCUAUACAAUUGCGGAAGGACAAGAGAAAAUACCUGUUCAUAAAUUUAUUACAGCACUCAAAUCUACAGGAUUGCGAACGUCUGAUCCCAGGUUGAAAGAGUGUAUGGAUAUGUUAAGAUUAACUCUUCAAACAACAUCAGAUGGUGUCAUGCUAGACAAAGAUCUUUUUAAAAAAUGUGUUCAGAGCAACAUUGUUUUGUUGACACAAGCCUUUAGAAGAAAGUUUGUCAUUCCUGACUUUAUGUCUUUUACCUCACACAUUGAUGAGUUAUAUGAAAGUGCUAAAAAGCAGUCUGGAGGAAAGGUUGCAGAUUAUAUUCCUCAACUGGCCAAAUUCAGUCCUGAUUUGUGGGGUGUGUCUGUUUGUACAGUAGAUGGACAGAGGCAUUCUACUGGAGAUACCAAAGUUCCCUUCUGUCUGCAGUCCUGUGUAAAACCUUUGAAAUAUGCCAUUGCUGUUAAUGAUCUUGGAACUGAGUAUGUGCAUCGAUAUGUUGGAAAAGAGCCGAGUGGACUAAGAUUCAACAAACUAUUUUUGAAUGAAGAUGAUAAACCACAUAAUCCUAUGGUAAAUGCUGGAGCAAUUGUUGUGACUUCAUUAAUAAAGCAAGGAGUAAAUAAUGCUGAGAAAUUUGACUAUGUCAUGCAGUUUUUGAAUAAGAUGGCGGGUAAUGAAUAUGUUGGAUUCAGUAAUGCAACGUUUCAGUCUGAAAGAGAAAGUGGAGAUCGAAAUUUUGCAAUAGGAUAUUACUUAAAAGAAAAGAAGUGUUUUCCAGAAGGCACUGACAUGGUUGGUAUAUUAGACUUCUACUUCCAGCUGUGCUCCAUUGAAGUGACUUGUGAAUCAGCCAGUGUGAUGGCUGCAACACUGGCUAAUGGUGGUUUCUGCCCAAUUACUGGUGAAAGAGUACUAAGCCCUGAAGCAGUUCGAAAUACGUUGAGUUUGAUGCAUUCCUGUGGCAUGUAUGACUUCUCAGGGCAGUUUGCUUUCCAUGUCGGUCUUCCUGCAAAAUCCGGAGUUGCUGGGGGCAUUCUUCUAGUUGUCCCCAAUGUUAUGGGUAUGAUGUGCUGGUCUCCUCCUCUGGAUAAGAUGGGCAACAGUGUUAAGGGAAUUCACUUUUGUCACGACCUUGUUUCUCUGUGUAAUUUCCAUAACUAUGAUAAUUUGAGACACUUUGCAAAAAAACUUGAUCCUCGAAGAGAAGGUGGUGAUCAAAGGGUAAAGUCAGUGAUAAAUCUUUUGUUUGCUGCAUAUACUGGAGAUGUGUCUGCACUUCGAAGAUUUGCGUUGUCGGCUAUGGACAUGGAACAGCGGGACUAUGAUUCCAGAACAGCACUCCAUGUAGCUGCUGCAGAGGGUAACACAGAAACUACUCCUAUCUAUUUUCUUUCCAGAUUUAAUUUCUAUUUUGUACUAAAAUCUGCUUUUCUUUUUCUGGGGUGGGACGGUAUAGGUCAUGUUGAAGUUGUUAAAUUUUUGCUGGAAGCCUGCAAAGUAAACCCUUUCCCCAAGGACAGGUGGAACAACACUCCCAUGGAUGAAGCACUGCACUUCGGACACCAUGAUGUAUUUAAAAUUCUCCAAGAAUACCAAGUCCAGUACACACCUCAAGGAGAUUCUGACAAUGGGAAGGAGAAUCAAACCGUCCAUAAGAAUCUUGAUGGAUUGUUGUAAUGGUCUUAAAUCCCAAGAUCUAAAUCACUUACCUAUUUAAUUGUGGAAAAUGAUUAUGAAGAACAUGUGUAUUUCUAUCUGGUAGUGAUGUAUAUUUUACAUUUGUCAUUUCAGUGUUACUGGAGUUUUCUUCAUUGUGCGCACAGGACAAAUCUGAUCUCUUUGGGAAAACAGAAAUAAAACAAUCUCCCUCCAUAAUGUGAGCAAUAUUACCUCGUGCAUUGUAUGAUUUGAUGUAAAAGAAAUAGUUACCAAUGCUAGCUUAAUUGUGUGGUCUUCCAUGAUUUAUUUGUGUUUUGUGAAUUUUCAGUUUAUGGUGAUGAUCUGCUGAUAUGCAUUUAUAAAUUAAGCUCUGUUGUACAGUCGUUCAAAUGGGUCAAGGUUGCCUUUAGAAGCAAACAGUGUGAUUUUCAAUACUUCAAAUACAGAUUUAGUUUGAGUGUUUGAACAACUAUAUGCACUUAUGGUUGUGUGUUUAAAGUGUCUCUCUCUCACCCUAGCUUCACGAUGUGACUCUUAAAAAACUAUAAUAGUUAACAACUGUUAGUAAGAUACCAAUUCUGAUUAGACUUUAUCAGGGAAUCUGUUUAAGAUGUUUGGUGACCAAAACAUAUGUGUGAAUGUAGUUAUAAUACUUUAAAAUUUUUUUCCUUUUUCUAUAUCCCCUUAGUCCAGCCUCUCUUCUCAGACAUUUAGCUAUCUGCCUCUUUCCUUUAGCUGGGAAAGUGAGUGCUGGCAUACUAUGCAGUUUUCAUGUUUUCCAUAGUACGUCAGAAAAUGCCUCCUAUUUCUGGCAUCAGAACUUUGCCAUUUGUCUACGAAAGAUGAACCAGAGACAAAAUUACUAAGUAUAAAUUAGUCAAAUUUAUCAGUUUAAAAAAUGAAGGGAUGUGCAACUGCAGAUCUUUAAGAUUUUUUUUUUUUUUUUAGCUUCUAGGGUAAAUAUAAAUUCAGAAAUAUUCUAAGCUACCAAAGUUAUUCUGAUAUUAUGGGAACUGCUACAACUAAUGUUUGUUUCCAAGCCUGUCAUUAAGAGUCUGCAUCAAGAGAUUUGUCCUCCUUGAGGGACUACUGGAUCAUUCCAGAUUUCUUGUGAUUUUCUAUUGUGUAAUUCUUGGUGGGCUCUGUGGUUUAAUAAGAAAAAGGGCCAUUUCAUUUUAAAUCGUGACCUAUAAUUUCUUUGUCUUGGGUUGGUAAUUCAGGAUUCAUUUGGAAAGUCAGUAAAAUGGGCUUCAAAAAACUGAAAGAACAGGAUUUUCUAGGAAUUGCACAUACAUUUUAUCCUGUCAUACUUCAAGGAGAUAAAGUGGUAUGUUAGUGAGGACUUCUGAUAUUAAGCACACACACACAUGCGCACAAAUGGACUUCUUUGAAACUGUGUUUAGUGAAAUGAGCAGAAUUCUCAAGUACGUGGACGCUAGUCGUUAUCACAUACAGCAAUUUCCUUUUUUUUUUUUUGCUUUCUGUGAGCACACACUGCUGCUUCCAAGCUUUACCAAGAUUGAUGGCACCUUACUCCAGCAGCCUCCAGGUGCUUUCAUUUUACUUCCAGUCUAAGCCAGUGGCUAUAGCUACUGCCCUCCCAUUACCUAGAUGGCACCUCCUUUGGUGAAACCACGGCCAGUGUUCCUUCGCUGCACCAGGCAUGAAGCUGUUCCCAUGCUUGAGCUUUCGCGGGGAGGAUGGUGGGUAAGUACUUACCUACCCCAUGGAUCUAGCAAGCCGUGAAGACAGGUAGCAUUUUUAAGAUGCGGCACAGGAGCAGCAUUAUCCCCAAAGAUAUUACAGGGUAGACAUGUUUUAAUUGAAAUCAACUGAGAUAACUUUGCUCAAAUAGGAGCCUGCUUUGUGUGAUUAAAAUGAAAUAUUAAGACAGUUCAAUUGUUUGACUUGAAAAUUAUCAGUGAUUUUGUGGUUUUUCUAUAAUAAAAGGUUCUAACCAUUAUUUGGGAACAAAGAGUUUUCAUCUUUUUUCAGAUCAAAAUUGUCUGUAAAAUCUUUGUUUAAUUAAAUGUGCCCUUAUUUACUCCUGAUGUUAUUUAUGACUAUGCGCCGAUUCCUGCUUGGGCUGUUUGCUGUUGGCUGGUAAUAAUAUAUUUGUUUUAAAUGCUGUUGACUGUGCUAUUAACUGCUGCCGUCAGUAAACUCCAAAGAUCUUUUUGUUUUGGCUUUAGUAACAUAUGUGCUUUUUCUGUAUCAUAAGAGCUCUAUAUGGUCAUGUUAAUUUAAAGCUUUAUAUACUUCGUUGUUUUUGCUGGUCUUAUCUUUGGUAAUAUGCUAUACCCCACUGCUGCCCGACACUGCCCUUUAGCUGCAGAGCUGGAUUAGCUAUUGACCAUUUGAUGCUGUUGUCUGUCUGGCAGGGACGGAAUGACCUGAUGUCAGAUUUAGAUUCUUCCUGGGGAUUACACAGCUGUGAAUGUAUUUGCUUCUAAAACCUCCCAAAGUGAAUCUAAUCUUAAACCUACAAGUUGUAAGUAUUCUGAAAUUGGGAAACAUUUAUUUUAAAUGCAAUCAGGUAGUGUUGCUUUUUACAGCAUAAUAAAUAUAUGUAUCAAAAAAAAAAAA